AUGAUAGACCGCAUAGAUGCAGCCACGUCCUCGAGCGAGCCCCCUGCCAGCUAUGCUGAGGUUUCCUCAGGCUACAGGCGGGCUGGAUACAUCCUGGAUGAUGAAGAGGAAGCAGCUCUCAUAGCGGACUUGCAGAUUCACGAUUGCCUCAUUGUGGGUACCAGCAAAGGCUUUACCUCAUUGACGGGCUUCCCCCGGGACGAGGCACUUGGGCAGAACUGCCGGAUGAUGUUGAAGGGUGUGCCCGAGGUGGCCGUGUCCAAGUCUGCGAGAAAGAACCUUCGCGAUUUUUGCCGCAUGUGCAAAAUCAAGAAGCUUGAUUACAUCUCCGAGGUCACGUCGCUGCAGCCCAACAGCCGGAAAAAUGGGACUCAGUUCGUCAACUUUUUUCUCGUUGGCCUCGUCCAGGUCGGCACAGACAGAUACCUGCUCGGUGUACAGAGGUCUGUUGGCGAAGGGCUUUUCGUGUCCCUCAAUGGCCGGAUGAUGGAGGAGGUCACUGAAGCUGCGCGAGAGACGUUCAAGCGGAUUCGCCAGAAGCUUUUGAGCCUGGACUCCAGCUUAGGCCGGCUUUCGCACGUCAGCCAGCGGCUGGGUUUCACUUUCUUCUCCGAGCGGCUACAGGAUCACUGCUUGUUACUCAAUGGUGGUCGAACGGCGAUGCGCCGUGAGCCGCAGGAGCUUGCUACCAACUGUUUGGUCUUUGGCAAUGCGCCGGUAAGGAUGACACCCAACGGGCUGUACUUUGCCGUGCGCAUUGAGGAUGCUGUGACAACAUUCGAGGGUGCGGUGCACAUCUGCAGACGAUGGCUGUUCUAUGUGCAGCUGCAUCUGCGCGAGGACAACGGUGCAGAGGAGGCUUGGGAAGAGGAGGUUUGGGAAGAGGAGGCUUGGGAAGAGGAUGACUGUGAGGAGUGGCAGGAGGAGCAAGCUCAGAAUGAAGAGGCUGCAAAGGCAGAGGCCAGAGUCGGGAAUGGCGUUGGAUCUUCGAGCGCCGAUACUGCUGAGGAAGGUCCGGACGAGGCAGAGGCAUGGCAAACUUGGACAGAGGAGAACAGGGACGUGCGUGGAGAGCAAGAACAUCAAGAACACGGACAGGGCUGGGAGGAAGGACAAAAUGAGUGGAUGGAAGACGAGGAAGAGGAUGUGGAUCAAGAAGACCCCGAGGAGCCAUGCUGGAUAGACGAGCUCCAAGAUUGCCGCUCCGUUUGUGACGUCCUGCUUCAAGUGGAUGCCAUCGCUGUGGACGUGGAGGGCGUCGACUUGGGCCGUGCAGGUGAGAUCUGCAUCAUCCAGGUGUCAACGCGGAUGCGACAGGUCUACCUCUUUGACAUUACCACUUUGGGUCGAGCCGCUUUCCGAAGUGGCUUGAAGGAGUUGCUGGAGAGCGUAGAUGUCGUCAAGCUUUUCUACGACUGCCGCAGCGAUGCGGAUGCUUUGCACCACCUGCAUGGAGUUCGGCUGGCCAACGUGUUGGAUCUCCAGGUGCUCUUCACGCAUCAAUCCGGCCAACGGUCAGGUCAGCUUCCUGGCAUGGCCAAAGCGCUUGGGCAAGUCUUGUCCUACGAGGAGCACCAGGAGGCAAAGGGCAUCAAAGCUGCCGGAACUGGUAUGUUUGCGCCCGAAAAGGGUGGCAACAUCCAGGUUUGGAAGCUUCGACCGCUGCCCCAGUUGCUGGUGCGGUACUGCGCUCAGGAUGUCCGGCACCUCUUCGCCAUGUGGGCAGCUUGGGACUCGCUGAGUCAUCCCGAGCUCCAGGAGAUCUCCGAGGCUGAUGCUGCCAGCACUGCCAGCAGUGGGCAUCUCCAAGUGGAAGCUGCCAAAAAGUGGUGUUUGGGCGCCAGCGUUCUGGUGGGAGCCUGUGGCGAGGCCUUCGCCCGCGAUCAGAUGGAGCACUUCCGGAUCGGCUUCAAGCAGCCUCCGCAGACGGAGGUUGCCUCCUGGUCCACACAAGCCGACGUGCCGCCGCACAAGCGAAGGGCGCCGGUGAGCGUCAACCCGGGCGACGUGUUUGGGUGCCUCUACACCAUGGAGGGCCGGCUGCAGCUUUGGAGGAAUGGCUCCCAAGUCUUGGACUUCGACGUGGGCCGUCCCAUCCAGCAGGGCGCUGACUACUAUGCAGUGAUCGACGUUUGUCUGGCUGCGUACUCCGUCAGCCUUCUUCCGCAUUCCAGCCCGAGCCAGUACUCAGAGUCCACGGUGCUGCUCCAAUACCCCGGGAUGGGGUGUCACAUGCGCUGGAAGAUCAUGGCUGUGCUAGGAAGACCAUAG